UGAUUUUAAACAAGGAGCUGCUGUUGAAGCAUCAUUCAGUUUGUUCUUCUCUGUCCGGAGGCACAUCUAUCAAGCAAAGCCUGGGGGAAUCUGGAAAAAGGACUCCAGGGAUGGAGAAGAGUUGACUUAGCUUCACAGAUAUACCUAGGAAAUAUGUUCAGGUUCCUGACAGCUGUGCUUCUAGAAGUCCAGCUUACUUUCCUAGCAGCUUCACUCACAGUGGAUGUUCUUCAGCCACAUUAUUCUGCAAAGCGUGGGGACAAUGUGACCAUGGGAUGUCGCUUUCCCAUAGCAGACCCGUUCCAUUUGAUGGCUUUAAAUGUCUUAUGGCAAAAAAAGACAUUAAGGCCACCAGAGGCAAAAGAAGUCUACCUGCUCAGCAGGGGCAAAGAAGACCUCGUCCGGCAGCACAGAGAUUAUCAAGGGAGAGCGGUGAUGCUGCUUGAAGGAUUAGAAAGGGGACAUUCUAUGCUACAUAUCACCAACGUAAAGAUCACAGACGCAGGGAUGUAUAUUUGUCUUAUUCAGUAUGAGAAAGAUGCGGACUACAAGUACAUUACUUUGGAAGUUCAAGCACCAUACAAGAAAAUAGAUCUCCAGGAACAAAGAGAAGACAACAAUUUGGUCCUAACCUGUGAAUCAGAAGGGUACCCACUCGCUGAAGUUUCUUGGUACGAUGAGAACAAUCAGAAUGUCAGCAUGUUUGCAGUCACUACACAAAAACUGACAACGGAUGGAGUUUUCAACAUAACCAGCACGCUGAGAGUCAAAUCAAACAUUCCUGGAAAUUACACCUGUGUGUUCUGGAAUAAGGAACUGAAGGAAAAAACAUCAGUCCAUGCAUCAGUAUCUGGAUUAGUUACUACAAAUGAACCAGAAACUGAGGAAAAAUAUUUAAUCUCAUUUAUCCUACCAAUUUGCCUGUUAGCCUUAUGUUUUCUAAUGAUACUCAUCUUCAGAACUGUAAAGCGAAAACGAUUCACAGACAGAUGUAUCCAAAAAGGCAAAAGAAGAAAACCAGGCACAUUAACAAGGAGAAAUUUGGAUCAUCAGGCCAAGGAAUUAAAGAUGAUGCCUAUUACUGACUGAAGAGUAUUAGCAAACACAGGACUUUCUUCUUCUGUGUAUUGCCUGCAGAUAUGCACUUUCUACUCAGCUCCCUUUUGGAACUGCAUAAGGGAAGUAACAGCACUUUGGAAGGAAAUAAUGCUGAUGGUGCUUCUGCUUUUCACCAGUGCUGCAGCAUGUUCUUCUUCAUGCAUUCAGCUUUGCCACACCCAUGCUUCAGAAAAAGUGUCCCUGCUCAGCAGUUUUAAGGGGUUAUUGAAGUACAUUCCAUAUCUUUCACAGAACUGUUUGGAAGGUUGCCUUCAUUUCUAAGAAAUCUGUGUCUUCAUAGGUAUAUACAUCAGUUUUAUGUAUUAAACACGAGCUGUUUAUAGCUGGAGUUAACAUUUCUACCAGUAAGGUGUUCUUAUUGGCAGCUGGUUCAGCCAGCAGCAAUGAGGAGGCAACUCAUGCUGUGUGACAUUGAUGAGAUGUUGGCAUACAUGUACAUGGAGACAUGAACUCUCUUUGCUGGCUCACUGUCCUUUGGUGGGUGGAUGAUGAUGUCCCAUUGCUAGCAAUGAGGUAAGAUUUAAUUGCCAUUCUCAUUGCCUUCUGUACAUGACAUCCGUUCACUCAGGCAGCGGAAGAUCUUGGACCAAUCCUGCUCAUGAGUAGAAUUCAGAAAACGUAUUUAUUUAUUCCUUUUAGAUUGCACCUAUCUUCCAAUGAAUGCAAGGCAGUGUACAAAGCUCCUCCACCUCACAGGAACCCUGGAGGGAGGGAAGUAAGGCCUAAAGAAUGUGACACAAGCCAGUGACUUACUGAGUUUCAUAACCAAGUGGUGGUUUGAACCUAGACAUGCUGUGGGAUGGUGGAUGUUGUCCAAAAAAGAAACUCUUUUUAGCUCUGUUUCUGAGCACUUCCAAGAAGAAAAUAAGUGAAAGACACUUGCGUCCUUGCAAGCUGCUGCAGUGUGUGGGCUGCCACCAUGAGCUGCAAACCAGAUAUUUUCUCAUUUCAAAAGUUUCUCUAGCCACAAACUCUGUAUGAGAUGCAAGCCACAACCUCUCAGUCUUGGCCACUUCUUAUUCUCCAUUAUGAGAACAGUAGCAUUGGUCUACCAUGGACAACUGUUGUCAACAUUACUUGGGGUGGUGGCACUUCAGGUUCUGGAAAUUAGUCAUGUAAGUACUUUGAACACUAGAAUUGAUCUAAAUAAAAGUGAAGGAUUAUUCAUA